AUGACACUUGCCGUGCGAGGAGUUGUUGAGCUUUUUAAGCUUGCCAAACGGGAGCAGGAGGUGCAUCAGGAGAUCCUCGGCUUUUCGAUCUCGCACGAUCACCGUACAGUGAGGAUUUAUGGCCACUAUCCCAUCAUCAACGGAGACAAGACUACCUAUUACCGCCAUCCUAUCCUCAGCUUUGACAUCACAAACCUGGGUGUCUACGAUGACUGGGCACCCUCCCAUUUCGAAAGGCUGUGUUCGGUGAUCGAUGACUUGCCAAACGACAUCGACUUCGGGCCAUCGCCACAGUCGGAGGUACAAACUAAGCCGCAACUACAGCCCAAGAUAUAUGGACCGAGCCCUACAGAAACUACCAGUCUCUCCCGAGAAAUUGGAGGCGUCAACCUACAAGGCUCAAGCUUUACGUCGCUAUUGGAGGAGGAGGGUCAACAGGUUGCUGCAAAUUCGCGAAAUGUUGCGCCAGAAGCCACUCCAAGGAACAAAAGCGGGCCAAUGAAAAGACGCCGACCCACGUCAAACACAUCAAGGCGACACAAAUACAAUGGCCAAUCUCAAGCAGAAUGA